AUGCUCGAUCUCCAUUCCCUUCCAGCAGGCUCCCGGCCCGAGCAUGCAGUGCGCAAUAACGGCCCUGACAACCUUGCCCUGGAACGCUACAAGUUACGAGAGUUGGCCGAGGGGUGGCCCAUGUAUCGCGAUGCAUGCGAGUGGGAAAACUUGAAAUCCAUUUUCCAUCCAGAUGCUUACGUAUACACUACAUGGACUGGAAAAACGCAUCAUCUGGACUUCUUUGAAGCCUCCAAAGCUGGCAUGGACAAAGGCGCAUUCAUCAUGCACCGAAUCCACGGCUCUUCCACCGACAUCACUCCAGAUGCAAAGCGAGCAGUGACCAAGAUGAAAGCAACCAUCACACAGAGGUUCACUAUUGACGAGGCCGAAGUCGAUGCAGAGUCCGACUGUCGUUUUAUUUUCUUUUGGGAAAAGGAUACGGCGAGCGGAAAUUGGGGAGCUCGAUUUGUCCGACACUGGUACGAGAAAGACAAGUUGAUCCCAGUCAACCCAACCAAAGUCCCACACUUGGACGAGAACAAACUCAAAGAAUAUCCCAGCGGUUAUAGAUAUCUGGCGUAUUGUCAGGAGGCGACCAUGGGAGUAAAAGUCUUGCGCGAUUUGCCGGGGCAUCGGAGGGAGAAUGAUAAUGUCAACGGCAAGAAACACGAUCUGCUGUACUGGCAAGCUAAGCAAUGGCUUGAUGGAGAAUCUAUUGACAUAUAA